UCUGGAGGCAAAUGCUUUCCCGUGGAGCGGAGUUCUGAUUCGUGUCCGGGAGAUGGAGCCGCUCCAUCUCCUAAAAAGUCUCGCGAACUCAGUGCCACUUCGAAUUCCCUCUUCCAGGCACAGUCCCAAGACCCUCCUCCCGCCCUUCCCCCUUUAUGGAAACUUGGUUCUUUAAACAGAAGGGGGUGCAGGCCUGGUAUAGUCUCCUGUGUGGACAGAGUAAGAACAAUGCAGAAGGACCCCAGCCCAAUAGUGCCUUUGCAUUGGUUUGGCUUUAGCUACGCAGCCCUGGUUGCAUCUGGUGGAAUCAUUGGCUAUGUAAAAGCAGGUAGUGUGCCAUCCCUGGCUGCUGGGCUACUCUUUGGUGGUUUAGCAGGCCUGGGUGCUUAUCAGCUGUCUCAGGAUCCGAGGAACGUUUGGGUUUUCCUAGCUACAUCUGGGACCUUGGCUGGCAUUAUGGGAAUGCGAUUCUACCACUCUGGAAAAUUUAUGCCUGCGGGUUUAAUUGCAGGCGCCAGUUUGCUGAUGGUUGCCAAAGUUGGAAUUAGUAUGCUGAAUAGACCCCAUCAGUAAUCAUAUCCCAGCUUGGACUCAUGAAGAAUGAAAAUCUCCUAACUUACACUGUUUUCAAUGUAUUAAGAGAAAUAAGUGCAGCAUUUUAACAUAUUCUGGCAUUUUACUCUUUUUAAAAAAAGAAAGCUGAAACUUGGCGGGGGGAAAAUCAGUCAUUACCAUUACAACUCUACAGAGGUGAUAAGUAUAAAACACAUGAGUUCAAUGUUACUCUCAUACAGUUUGAUUCUUGUAUAUUAAUGUCAUCUCCUCUUUCUGUAUCUGUAGGUAAAAUCUCAAGGGUAAAACAUUAGGUGUCAACAUUGGGGGUCCUGAAGUCCCAUGCCCUUCUCAGAGGAGCAGAGUAAAGAAAAUCUCUUAAGAGAUUUAGAAUAUCUGUUCUUUUGCUCAUCCUAGAGCCAAGACCUUUGAAAUUAUGUUAAAUGAAAUAUCAAUGAAAAUAAAGCUUACAUAAUAUUUUC